AUGCAUUAUAUUUUGCACGAAAAUGGGGGCGGUGUGGGCACCAGAAAUCGGGAUGCUGCUGGCGUGUAUCGCCUCCAGGGUGCCGUGGACGCUGCACACAAAAAUAUAGCCGAACUUCAUCAUUGCACUCGCGCGCUUGCAGAAACACUGAACCGUUCGCACGAAUGCCUUGAGGAGUUGUUGACGCUUCUACCCCAAUGCGGCGUUGAGACCGACAUGCAGCCACAACUAUGCGGAGCGAAAAGCGCGAAGGAGCUCAACUAUCAGUCGCUACGGGAAGCAUCGGAUACAACGCGUGCAUUGUGCCACAAACUAAGAGGUUUUUCUGACAUGCAUCUGGAGAAGGCCUUAGAUAAGAUUCAAGAGUUUGCCGUCACCGAUACGCCUGAGAGGCCGAACCUACCGGUCAUGAUAGGCGACCGCCCAAUGACGCCAAACGAGCUCAUCUACACUCUCAAUGAGGCACCGAUGGUGUCAGUCGCGCACCAUGAUCGUGAGGCCUGCCUACGGAAAAACAUCACACAGGCCCACUACGAACUGGCCAGCUCCAAGGUAGCAUACAAGCAGCUGCUUCAGUGCUCGGAGCUACCGCCUAGUGGAAGUUACAUUAUUCAGAUGGCAGGCGACCGCAUAGAGAGGACUCUGCGCAUCUUGUCCAGGUCCAUUCGGGAACUCAUCGCCAUCGACCCGGCUUAUCAGGACUUCUUCUACGCGUACCUCACUGAGACGGAAAACAAGGAGAAGGAACACUCGUCAGAAUACGCAGUCGUACAUCGAAUUGACUCACAAGCUAUAAAGAGCAUGCUAUCCAGCCAGGGUGGUAAAGGGAAUGGAGGCGUCGCGAAAAUGUAUGAGAAGCAAUUGCACGAGUGUGCGACAACCAUGGGGUCAUUGAUGCAAGAGUUCAUUCGGUCUUUCUCCCCGAAUACACCAACUGAGCCUACUGACGACCUUUCAGUGCAGGAGAUGUUAAUGUAA